AUGGCUGAUUUUGAUGCUGUGCCUCUUUUGCCAUCUCAAGAAAGGAGGCUCAUUGGUGGAAAUGCUUACUUGAGAGAUAAAAUUCCUCUCCCUUGUAUUAUGCUCUUUAAGAAUGGGGAAAUCAGUGAACCAACGUGCCUACUUAUCCCCCAAAAGGCAGGUCAAGUGGCUUCUAAUAAGGGGGCAUUACUGGCUAAUGGAGAUCAGACUUCCGAGAAGUUGCGAUUGUUUAGAGAUAAACUUUCCAGCAAUGUUGCUGCCUUGCCUAUUGUUUUGAAGAGGAUGACAGAGUGUAUUUCAAAGAUUGACAAUUUAGACUCUGAAAACAUAAUCAUACAUCCUGCAUUUAAAAAGAAAAGGACUAGUUGA